GCUCGCUGUCCACCGCUUGCGCCACCAGUGAACGGUACAGUCCAGUACAACAGCACGGAGGUUGGAGACUCGGCCGAAUACGCAUGUGAACCGGGCCUAGUCGUUCGCGGACCCAGGAAUAGGCACUGUCUGGCCACACUGAUGUGGAGCGGAGAAGAACCUACAUGCAGCAAUCAGACUAACACUUGUUUCAGUCCGCCGUAUGUGCCCAACACACAAAUACUUAUGGAACACUCAGAUAAUCCCCUCCAGGCAACGUUAUCAACUGGUCGACAUGAUUAUCGUUCGGGUGAAUCAAUUCAAAUCGCUUGUAUCCCUGGUUACGAGGAUCUCAAGCGACAUUCGGUGAAAGCAACUUGUGUUGGUUCAACAUGGCAGCUUGACGAGUUGAAGUGUGAACCAUCCUGCAGGACCCGGCCACCAGCAGCAAGAGGUGCUCGCGUUCGAUUUUACAGUCUCCAACACAAUAGUAGAGCCCGCUAUGAAUGUUUCGCUGGUCGGCAGCUGCGAGUGGAAAAAGCUUCGAGAAUGUCUGCUUUAAUGACCCCACCUGAUACUGUCCGGGAUCCACUGGGAACGGUACGAUGUUUGCAUGGUCAUUGGAUGGGAACUCUAGUCUACUGUGAACCAAUUACCUGCCCGGAGUUAACCGUUGAAAAGGGGAUAAGAGUCGAACUGAAACGAAUCGGCGCAGAAGGCCACAACGACGUAGUUCAGCCUACCCAUGGAACUUUGGCCAUAUUUCAUUGUCCACCGUUAUUUCAUAUUACUGGAACACCGUAUUCCGUAUGUCAAGUCGGAAACUGGACCCCACCGGUUAAGGCAACAUGCACUGAAACCACACACUUAGUGAUACCAACUGAAUGGCUGUUUCGACGUCCAUGA